UAUACAGUAAGAAAUCCUUUACCCUCCAGUAACGAGGAACGAUGCUUAUUAAUUUUAUAUCAGUUACCGUUACCUCUAGUAACGGACAACGAUGGUAACGGUAACUGGUAACUGUCACAGCCCUAGUUUCGACUAGUAAUACUCGAGUAGUGCUCGUACUUGUCUUUAAAUACUCGAUAAAUCUCCAUCAUGGUGUUCUGUUUAGGUCAGCAAGUCAAUUUCUGGUCAAAGAGGGUCUCAGGAAAAUUCGCCAUUAGUCUUUGAUAAAGGGUGAUCGUCUAUUAUGGUGAUUGCUCGUACUCGUACUCGAAAAAUUAUGUAUUCGCCCACAUCUAUUCUAAGUGUUAUAAAAUAUCAUGUUCUAUAUAUGUAUAUAUCUAGUUAAGUAUUUUCAUAUUUCAUCGUCGGUACAGUUUUAACAGCUAAAUGAAGAAACAUCAAUUUUUUCUUAAAGCCAUUGUUCCACCUGUCAUUUUUCCAAUAUCUCAGUAUCGAAACAAUUUCCAGUGGUGACAUUGUUUUUUAAGACACAUCUAAUCGUCAUCUAACUACUCUGAAAAACUCAGAUUUUGUAACUUUAUAUGAAUAAAGUUUGAAUAAACAUAGCUGAUUCAAACUUACUCUGUUGACCUACUGUAAAGAAAUUAAAUCAUUCAUAAUUCCGCAGGCGAGUCGCACACGCACAAAUACUCUUAGACUUUUUUGUUACGAUCAUCGACCCUACUGAUCGGCAAAAUAUGAGCUGAAACGGGCUUAAUCACUUGAAAAGGUUCCUUCGUGCGAUAUGAUUUUAACACGAACGCUUACGACGAGACCUCGCGAACUGUCACGUCAUUUUUUCAGCCAAACCUAGUGAGUUAUAGCUUAUCAACUAUCCUGAGUCCGAAUAUCAUAGUGGUAACUGCCCAGGAGCCUUCGCAGAGCGGUUUUCUAGAAAACCAGUUUUUCAGAAACUCUAAAAAGUAACUAAAACCGUUCUUAAUGAGGCAUGAUUGUGGCUUGCAAAUUUCUGAUUAAGAUGAGACAUCUCCCAGCUCUACACGACCUUUCUUUGCAAAGUUAUACAAGUAAAGCCCUAAAUGUCCAUUGUCAGCUCAAAGCUACAGAAAUAAGAAGAAAUUAAUUUAGGAAUUUUCUUGUAAAUUUUAUAACUGUGCAAAGAAAGGUUGUGUAGAGCUGGAAAAUGUCUCAUUUCAAUCAAAAAUUUGCGGGCUACAAUUAUGCUUCAUUAUAAAAGGUUUUGGUCACUUUUAGAGUUUCUGAAAAACUGUUUUUCCAGAAAAUCACUCUGUUUGCCCCCCUCUCCCUAGUGGUAGCUUCUCUGGGCAGUUAUCACUAUGAUAUUCAGAUUCAGGAUAGUUGAUAACUUAUAAUUCACUAGGUUUGGCUGAAAAAGCGAUGUGACAGUUCGCGAGAUCCUCUCGUUAAUCAUUCAUCUGAGAGUCUCGAAGGAGUAAUGGCAAAAUCAAAAAUGUUUUUUGUUGAAAAUAUUUGCUUAGGUUUACAUAGAAAAUGAUAAAUUACUUGUUAAAUCAUCUGAAAAUGCCGUUACACUCGAUGACGUCAUUCAACAGUGCGGGUCAUUAAGCCGUUUUCAAUAUUUUCAUUACUUCUUUCUUAAUUUGAUACCAAUAGUAACUGGUACUAUUAAUUUCUUUUACGUGUAUGGUGUUGCGGAACCACUUUAUCGUUGUCGUUUACCUGAUACUAUUUGGUCGAACGAUCAAUAUCAUCCAUUCAAUUCUACUCACCAACAUUUAAUCGAUGCAUGGAUAAUAAAUCAAGAUCAAUGUUCAAUUCGAAAACCGUUGUUUAAUAAUUUGUCUCAGCCGAGUAAUGAAACGAUUGCCUGUUCAAGAUGGGUGUACGAUCGAUCGGUAUUUGGACGUACAUUUACAGAAGAGGCCGAUUUUGUUUGUAUAAACAAUAUCAAACGAAGUUUAUUAUCAUCAGCUUUACAAAUAGGCGCAAUACUGUUACUGUUAAACCAGUUUCUAUCAGGUAUCGAUUCUUACAUGAUCGUCUUUGUUUUAUUAAUGGAAUUGACCAGUUCUACUCACACAAGUUUUGCUGGUAAUCUAGCGUUGGUCGCGUUUACAUUAGGUGAAAUAGUCGUUACAUUAUGCGCUUAUCUAUGCAAAGAUUGGUUACUAUUAAAAUGGACUUUAAGUUUCUUAAUCCUGCUAACUGUUCCCUACUUAUAUUUCAUUCCAGAAUCGCCCUAUUGGCUAUAUUCGAAGAAGAAAUACGAUCAAUUAGAAAUAAAUUUACGUCAAAUAGCCAAAACAAAUCGAUGUGAUGAAUCUAAUUGGUUCCCUUCGUACCAGAUGCUUAAAAAAACACUAGAAAUAGAAAAAAUGCCAUCAAAACUGUCUCUUGGAUCGAAGAUCAAACGUUUGUUGACACAUAGUCCAACAAUGUUAAAAUUGUUAAUAUCAGCAGCUAUUGGCUUUACUACAAUGUUGUUGUACAUGAAGAUUGCUUAUGGAUUAGCCGCAAUGAAAGAUACUAAUCCGUAUGUGAAUAUCAUCAUGGGAGCUCUUGUUGAAAGUGCCGGAUAUUUAUCUGCCUGGUUACUAAUGAACAAAAUUGGUCGUAAACGUUCGUUUCUUGCCUAUACACUGUUGACUACAGCCUGCGUAAUAGUCAUACAGAUUACUUUGAAAUAUAAUUCGAUAUUCAUCAUUAGUGUCGCUCAAUUAGGUAAAUUUGCAAUCAGUGGCGCUGUUUGCGUGUCGUUUAUCUAUGUGCCAGAGCUGUUCCCAACAACAAUUCGUUCGGGUGCAUCAAGCUUCUUUGCCUGUAUUGGACGAAUAGGAGCUAUUAUUGCACCUACACUCGAUGCAUCAUUAAAUGAAAAACAUUUACACAUUACAACCUACAUUUAUGCUUUAUUAGCCAUUAUUAUACUUGGUUUAACGUUUGCUCUUCCAGAAACAAAAAAUCGACCAUUCGAAGCUAAAAUUGAUUAUACAGAGAGAACGCUAAAGGAAAAGAGCACGAACACUAUGAAUUAG